AAAGUAUAAAUACAGACCGAUUUUCGGCGAAAUCAAUCAGUCCGGGUAGCGGACUUCGAACACGGAGAAUAAAUCUGACUUAAGAGUCGGUGUGGAUCGAGCUGAAAAUUGCUGAAUUGAACAAAAAUUGUGAAAAUGUUAAGAGUUUAAGAGCUGGUUUUGUCUAGUUAAUAAAUGAGGCAUAAUUAUUGACGUUUACCUUUUGUUUUUAUUUGAUUUGUUUGAUACUUUGUGACGCCAUUUUGGAUUUCACAAUAACGUGAAACCUAACAAUAAUGGCUUACACUGGAGAUUCAAAUGCACCAUUGCGUGAAGUCAAGAAAGUGCAGUUUGGUAUCCUUGGUCCAGAUGAACUCAGACGUAUGUCUGUGGUUGAGGGAGGUUUGCGAUACUCGGAAACCAUGGAGGGAGGACGGCCAAAACUCGGAGGGUUGAUGGACCCUCGACAGGGUGUCAUAGACAGAACAGCAAGAUGUCAGACAUGUGCUGGAAACAUGUCCGAGUGUCCGGGUCACUUUGCACAUAUAGAAUUGGCAAAGCCAGUUUUUCAUAUAGGAUUCCUCACAAAGUCAAUCAAAGUGCUACGAUGUGUGUGUUUCUACUGCUCAAAACUACUUGUUGACCCUACAUCCCCAAAAGUGAAAGAUGUGAUGGCAAGGUCAAAAGGAUAUCCAGCUAAGAGAUUGGCUCAUGUUUAUGACCUUUGUAAAGGUCGCAAGCUGUGUGAAGGUGGAGACGAGAUGGACACGAAACUAGAAAAAGACGCAGCAGAGGGUGGUGAACCGAAAAAGGGACAUGGAGGUUGUGGAAGAUAUCAACCAAACAUAAGAAGAAUGGGUCUAGAACUGACUUGUGAAUGGAAGAAAAUUAAUGAAGAAGGCCAGGAGAGGAAGAUACUUCUAACGGCAGAAAGAGUUCAUGAAAUUUUCAAGAGAAUUUCAGAUGAAGAGGCAGUUAUGUUAGGAAUGGACCCAAAGUUUGCGCGACCUGAUUGGCUGAUAUGUACUGUGAUGCCGGUACCCCCUCUGUGUGUAAGACCAGCCGUUGUCAUGUUUGGCUCAGCUAGGAACCAGGAUGAUUUAACUCACAAGUUAUCAGACAUUAUAAAGGCUAACAAUCAGUUAAAACGUAAUGAACAGAAUGGAGCGGCUGCACAUAUCAUAGCUGAGGAUACAAAAAUGUUACAGUUCCACGUGGCAACACUCACUGAUAAUGAGUUGCCUGGUCUGCCGAGGGCAGUGCAAAAGUCUGGGCGUCCCCUCAAAUCAAUCAAACAGAGGUUGAAGGGUAAGGAAGGGCGAGUUCGUGGAAACUUGAUGGGUAAACGUGUAGAUUUUUCUGCCAGAACCGUCAUCACACCAGAUCCCAAUCUGCGUAUUGAUCAGGUCGGAGUCCCACGAACAAUUGCACAGAAUAUGACAUUCCCGGAGAUUGUCACCCCCUUUAACAUUGACAGAUUACAUGAGUUAGUAAGAAGGGGAGCUAACCAGUAUCCAGGAGCUAAAUAUAUUGUUCGAGACAAUGGAGAAAGAAUUGAUCUUAGAUUUCAUCCAAAGUCAAGUGAUCUACAUCUACAAAUUGGAUACAAGGUAGAGCGACACAUGCAGGAUGGUGAUUUUAUUGUGUUUAACAGACAGCCAACACUUCACAAGAUGAGUAUGAUGUGUCAUCAGGUGAAAAUCUUACCUUGGUCAACAUUCAGGAUGAACCUCAGUGUCACAACACCAUACAAUGCUGAUUUUGAUGGUGACGAGAUGAAUCUCCAUUUGGCGCAGUCUUUGGAGACUCGGGCAGAGAUCUCACAAUUAGCUACUGUACCUCGUAUGAUUAUCACCCCACAGUCAAACAGACCAGUCAUGGGUAUUGUACAGGACACGCUUACAGCCGUCAGAAAAAUGACAAAAAGAGACGUGUUUCUUGACAGGGGUCAGAUGAUGAACCUUCUGAUGUUUCUGCCAAGCUGGGAUGGUCACAUGCCCCAGCCAGCAAUCCUGAAGCCUAAGCCACUAUGGACAGGCAAGCAGAUUUUCUCCCUGAUCAUUCCUGGUCGUGUAAACUUGAUCAGAACUCACAGCACACAUCCAGACGAGGAAGAUAAAGGUCCGUACAAGUGGAUCUCACCUGGUGAUACUAAGGUGUUGAUAGAAGAUGGUGAGCUUAUAUCAGGAAUAUUGUGUAAGAAGUCUCUGGGAACAUCAUCUGGUGCUUUGGCUCAUGUCGUCUUCCUGGAGAUGGGAUAUGAACCUGCAGGUUUCCUGUAUGGUAAUAUUCAGACAGUUAUAAACAACUGGUUGUUGAUUGAGGGACACAGUAUAGGUAUAGGAGAUACUAUUGCUGACCCUCAGACAUAUAUAGAUAUCCAGGAUACCAUCAAAAAAGCUAAGCAAGACGUGUACGAAGUGACGGAAAAAGCUCACAUGGACUUGAUGGAGCCGACACCAGGUAAUACACUGAGACAGACGUUUGAGAAUCAGGUGAACAGAAUUUUGAACGAUGCCAGAGACAAGACUGGUAGUAAAGCCCAGAAAUCUCUCUCCGAUUUCAACAAUUUCAAAGCUAUGGUGGUGGCAGGCUCUAAAGGUUCCAAGAUUAAUAUUUCUCAGGUUAUUGCCUGUGUAGGACAACAGAACGUGGAAGGCAAACGUAUUCCAUUUGGUUUCCGGCACAGAACAUUGCCACAUUUCAUCAAGGAUGAUUACGGUCCCGAGUCAAGAGGUUUCGUGGAGAACUCGUACCUGGCCGGUCUGACACCGUCAGAGUUUUAUUUUCACGCUAUGGGAGGUAGAGAAGGUCUUAUUGAUACAGCUGUCAAAACAGCUGAAACUGGAUAUAUUCAGCGUCGUUUGAUCAAAGCUAUGGAGAGUGUUAUGGUGAAGUAUGAUGGAACAAUUAGAAACCAGGUAGAACAGCUUGUACAGUUGAGGUACGGUGAGGACGGUCUAGAGGCAACAAGGGUCGAGUUCCAGUCCAUGCCAACCCUCAAACCAUCCAACAGGGCCUUCGAAAAGAACUUCAAGUUUGACCCAACUAAUGAAAGACAAUUAAAGAAGAGUUUGACAGAAGAGGUAGUCAGGGAAUUACUGGCUGACGCUCACGCCCAGGCCGAGAUAGAGCAAGAAUGGGAACAAUUGAAGGAAGAUCGGGAUUCCCUGCGGCAGAUUUUCCCGUCGGGAGACAGCAAGAUUGUACUGCCGUGUAAUUUACAGAGAAUGAUCUGGAAUGCUCAUAAAAUCUUCAAGAUUGAUAAAAGGAAAACAUGUGAGAUUCAUCCUCUCAAAAUCAUUGAAGAUGUGAAGUAUUUAUGUAAAAGACUAACUGUGGUGCCAGGUGAGGACAGACUUAGUGUACAGGCCAAUGAGAACGCUACAAUUCUUAUGAAGGUUCUCAUCCGAUCAACUUUCUGCUCUAAACGUGUCAUAGAAGAAUUCAGGCUGUCUAACGAGGCAUUUGAUUGGCUGAUUGGAGAAAUUGAGACCAAGUUCCAACAUGC